GAGACUUCCCCGCCGGCGCCUGCCCUGCCCGCCCCGGGUUCCGCGCCCGGACGCUCCUGUGCCCGCGGUCCAUGCUUGUGGCCGCGACGCCCGGGCGGGACGCUCUUGGCUCCGCCGUACGGCUCCACGCCUGCGGGUUGGUUGGCAGCCUUCCUACCACUGUGGGUCGGAGCCCCUAGCCCUCCGCCCCGAGAUUAGCGCUUGGGUGGCCCCAGCCUCCAGACCUGGGCGCAGAGGAACCCGGACGCCCCCAAUCUCGGGACGCCAAAGACCUUCAGCUGCCUCGAAUCAAGCGCUUCGGACUUGGAGCGCCCGAGAAGCCCCGGGCCGCGUCCAGCGCCCCAGGUGGGGUCCCGGCGGGCAGGACAGUCGGACUGAACCCCCGGACUGGUGCUGUGAGCCCUAGUCGCUGCCUCCCUCCCGCCCUGGGAUUCAGCGCUCGCCCGGAGGAGAGCACCGGCUCGUUCCGUCCCAGCCAGAGCCGAGGCUGCAGCUCUGCCAGUGACGUGACAUCACUGCCUCCAUAGACAGAAACCCCCAGGAGUCCAGCCCACUGCUACCACUGCCUUCUUCCAGGACCAGCGGGGGCCUCCAUGGGCGCCUGAGGGCCCGGCGCCAGGGCCGCGGGCACGAGCAUGGUGAGACACCAGCCCCUGCAGUACUACGAGCCUCAGCUGUGCCUCUCCUGCCUCACGGGCAUCUACGGCUGCCGCUGGAAGCGCUACCAGCGCUCCCACGAUGACACCACGCCGUGGGAGCGCCUGUGGUUCCUGCUCCUCACCUUCACCUUCGGCCUCACGCUCACCUGGCUCUACUUCUGGUGGGAAGUCCGUAACGACUAUGACGAGUUCAACUGGUACCUCUACAACCGCAUGGGCUACUGGAGCGACUGGUCCGUGCCCAUCCUCGUAACCACAGCUGCCGCCUUCACGUACGUCGCAGGCCUCCUGGUCCUGGCACUAUGUCACAUCGCUGUGGGGCAGCAGAUGAACCUACACUGGUUGCACAAGAUAGGGCUGGUGCUCAUUCUGGCCUGCACGGUGGUGGCCGCGGCCGCCGUGGCCCAGCUGUGGAAAGACGAGUGGGAGGUGCUGCUCAUCUCCCUGCAGGGCACGGCGCCAUUUCUGCACGUGGGGGCCCUGGCCGCCACCACCGCCCUCUCCUGGAUUGUGGCAGGACUGUUCGCCCGGGCGGAGCGCUCCUCCUCGCAGGCCACCAUCCUCUGCGCCUUCCUCGCCGUGGUCUUUGUGCUCUACCUGGCCCCUCUCGCCAUCUCCUCCCCCUGCAUCAUGGAGAAAAAGGACCUGGGCCCCAAGCCUGCCCUCAUCGGCCACCGCGGGGCCCCCAUGCUGGCUCCAGAGCACACGCUGAUGUCCUUCCGGAAGGCCCUGGAGCAGAAGCUGCAUGGGCUGCAGGCUGAUGUCACUAUCAGCCUGGACGGCGUGCCCUUCCUCAUGCACGACACCUCCCUGCGGCGCACCACCAACGUGGAGCAGGAGUUCCCGGAGCUCGCCCGCCGGCCGGCCGCCAUGCUCAACUGGACCGUCCUGCAGCGGCUCAACGCCGGCCAGUGGUUCCUGAAGACGGACCCUUUCUGGACGGCCAGCUCCCUGUCGCCCUCUGACCAAAGGGAGGCCCAGAACCAGUCCAUCUGCAGCCUGGCGGAGCUCCUGGAACUGGCCAAGGGCAACGCCACGCUGCUGCUCAACCUGCGGGAGCCGCCCCGGGAGCACCCGCACCGCGGCAGCUUCCUCAAUGUCACGCUGGAGGCUGUGCUGCGCUCUGGCUUCCCCCAGCACCAGGUCCUGUGGCUGCCGAACCGGCAGAGGCCCCUCGUGCGCAAGCUGGCCCCCGGCUUCCAGCAGGCGUCAGGCUCCAAGGAGGCCAUCGCCAGCCUGAGGAAAGGCCACAUCCAGUGGCUGAACCUGCGCUACACUCAGGUGUCCCGCCAGGAGCUCAGGGACUAUGCAGCCUGGAACCUGAGCGUGAACCUGUAUACCGUCAACGCGCCCUGGCUCUUCUCCCUGCUGUGGUGUGCGGGGGUCCCGUCCGUCACCUCUGACAACGCCUACACUCUGUCCCAGGUGCCUUCCCCUCUUUGGAUCAUGCCGCCGGAAGAGUACUGCCUCCUGUGGGUGGCCGCUGACCUGGUCUCCUUCACGCUCAUCGUGGGCAUCUUCGUGCUCCAGAAGUGGCGCCUGGGUGGCAUCCGGAGCUACAACCCCGAGCAGAUCAUGCUGAGCGCCGCGGUGCACAGGAGCAGCCGGGACGUCAGCAUCAUGAAGGAGAAGCUCAUCUUCUCAGCAGAGAUCAGCGAUGGCGUGGAGGUCUCCGACGAGCUCUCCGUGGGUUCAGACAACAGUUAUGACAUCUACACUGACAGCACUGCCACGUCUGUGGGCCCCCGAGGUGGGGGCAGCCGCGCCAAGACCCUCACAGACCGCAGUGGGCGUUAACGGAAGACCUGCCUGUCCCAGCCAAACACAGACACUGGAGGGACCCGGGGGAGCUGGCAGAAGCGUUUGGACUCCCAGUGCUCUGGGAGCCAGCUCCAGCCAUGGCCUCUCCCCGCAGGGGCUCCCCUGGUCAGACCUCCUGCCUCUCAGAUGCCCCGGCAGGCCUGGGGCUCCCUCUGGGAAGUGCGGGGCCUGGGCUCCCUCCCUGCACCUAAGCCUGGAAGCUCUGCUGGCUCAGCGGGCCCACAGGCCCUCCGUGGCAGUGGAGGACGCCACCUGUGCUCCCACUGUGCGUCUGUCCUGUGCACACCACCAAGUGACUGACUCCUCUCACGCAUCCGGCCUGGGCUGUGCCUCUGCCUUCAGCACAAGGAGGUUGGGCUCAGGAGGAAGGCCAGCCGCAGCGGUGGAGAUGUGUCCUCCCCCCGCCUCUGCCGGGCCCUGCCCCAGGAGCAGCCGGAGACCCCACAGACUGGCCACGGCACACAGGCCACCUAGGGAAAGCGUGCCGGGCAGCAGGCCUGCGCUGGCAGGAGCCUAAGGGCCCCAGCCGAGACCAUUAAAGCUGCCA